AUGAGACAGAGGAAAUGGUUGGAAUUGAUCAAGGACUAUGAUUUGCAAAUUUUGUAUCAUCCAAGGAAAGAAAAUACCAUUGCAGAUGCAUUGAGCCGAAAAUCUAUUGGGAAUUUGUCAUGUUUGCUCACCGAUCGGAGAGAGUUAUCGUGUGACUUGGAGAAGAAUGAAAUUGAAAUUGUGUUGCGUGAACAAGGCGGGAUCUUGGCUGUCAUUUCUGCCCAACUUGCAAUCAUUGAAGAAAUCAAAGAGAAACAAUGUGAAGAUGAGUUGUUGAAGAAAUGUUUUGAUGAAAUUGACUCAAAACCAAGGCCGAGAUUCGUGAUUGAAAAUGAAGUGCUGAAAUUUCAUAAUAAACUUUGUGUACCAGAUUGUUGUGAGUUGAGGAAACGUGUUAUAACAGAGGCCCACAGUUCGAAAUUUGCUAUGCAUCCAGGAAAUACAAAAAUGUAUCAUGACUUGAAACAAAACUUAUGGUGA